AUGAGCAGUAGUCUAAACUUUGAAACUUGCGCUUUGAUUUUGCAGGUGAACUUCACGGUUUCGGAGAUUCGCCGUUUGAUGUCGAAGAACAAGAACAUUCGAAAUAUGUCUGUGAUCGCUCAUGUAGAUCAUGGCAAAUCCACACUUACUGAUUCGCUUGUGUCAAAGGCUGGUAUCAUCGCCGAGUCGCGUGCUGGCGAUGCUCGCUUCACAGACACUCGCAAGGACGAGCAGGACCGAUGCAUCACGAUAAAGUCGACUGCUAUUAGUCUUUAUAAUGAAUUGAGUGCGGAUCAGUUGGACUAUGUGCGUAAAGUGCAGCCUGUUGCUAGUGACGAAUCGGGGAAGGAAGAGUGUGGUUUUCUGAUAAACCUUAUUGAUUCGCCCGGCCACGUUGACUUCAGCUCUGAAGUUACAGCCGCUUUGCGUGUGACAGAUGGUGCUCUUGUCGUCGUUGAUGCGGUUUCAGGUGUUUGUGUUCAGACGGAGACUGUUUUGAGACAAGCUAUUGGGGAAAGAAUCAAGCCUAUACUUUUUAUGAACAAGCUAGACAAAGCAUUGAGCACCAUGGGGCAAGAUCCUGAGUCUUUGUAUCAGCAUCUUGCCAGAGUUGUUGAGAACGUUAACGUUAUUGUCGCUCAAUUCAGCGAGCAUGAUGGCCCAAUGGGUGAUGUUACUGUGAACCCAGGAAAUGGUACCGUUGGCUUUGGUUCCGGUUUACAGAGCUGGGCCUUCACUCUGCACACUAUGGCUGAAUUUUAUGCGAAACGUACCGGGAUGGUCGCUGAUAAACUCCUCCCUAGGUUGUGGGGUGACAAUUUCUUUAACGCAGGCGAGAAGAAGUGGCGCAAGUCCAAAACUGGCCCCGGGGACGUGCGGGGUUUCGUGCACUUUAUUCUUGAUCCAAUCAUAAAAAUCUUCAGAGCUGUUCAAGAUGAGAACAAAGCCCUGACACAGAAAAUGCUCACUGCGGUCGACGUGAAGUUGACCUCCGAGGAGCAGGAUCAACCUGCUAAGAUUUUAUUAAAGACAAUAAUGCAUAAAUGGCUUCCCGCGGGUGAUUGUCUUCUUGAAAUGAUUUGCAUUCACCUUCCAAGUCCUUUUGUGUCCCAAAGAUAUCGCAUGGAGAUGCUCUACGAGGGUCCUAAGGACGACGAAGCUGCUAUAGGUAUAAAGAAUUGCGACCCGAAUGCUUGUCUCAUGAUGUAUGUCAGUAAGAUGGUUCCGACGUCUGAUAAAGGUCGCUUCUACGCCUUGGGACGUGUAUUCUCAGGUACAAUUGCAACUGGUCAGAAAGUUCGGAUUAUGGGUCCAAAUUAUGUCUAUGGCAAGAAGGAUGACUGCUGUGAAAAGUCCAUUCAACGUACCAUUCUCAUGAUGGGCCGCUACACGGAGGCUAUCGAUGACGUCCCUUGUGGGAACAUUUGCGGCCUUGUGGGUGUUGACCAAUUUCUUAUAAAGACUGGUACCAUCACAACCUUUGCGGGCGCUCAUAAUAUGCGUCAAAUGAAAUUCAGUGUUAGUCCUGUGGUUCGAGUCGCAGUUGAUUGCAAAAAUCCUAGUGAUUUGCCGAAGUUGGUGGAGGGCCUUAAACGUUUGGCGAAGUCUGAUCCUAUGGUUGUCAUUCAAACCGAGGAGUCUGGAGAGCAUAUCAUUGCUGGUGCAGGUGAAUUACAUUUGGAAAUUUGUUUGAAGGACUUGGAAGAAGACCACGCUUGUAUUCCAAUCAAGAAAUCCGAACCUGUAGUUUCGUACAGGGAAACUGUCACUGAAGUGUCUUCUAUUCAAGCUUUAUCAAAGUCACCAAAUAAGCAUAAUCGUCUUUUCUUCCGUGCGGAACCUCUAGGCGAAGAUCUCGCCAAGGAAAUAGACGAAAAUGGAGUUAGUGCGAAGCAGGAUCCAAAGGUCCGAGGUCGUAUUUUGACGGAAAAUUAUGGCUGGGACGCUACUGAUGCGCGGAAGAUUUGGUGCUUUGGUCCAGAUCGUACUGGACCUAAUAUUGUCGUUGAUGUCACGAAAGGCGUGCAAUAUUUGAACGACAUCAAGGAUAGUGUUGUGGCCGCUUUCCAGUUUGUCACCAUGGAUGGCGUUUUAUGCGAUGAGAACAUGCGGGGUAUUCGAUUCAAUAUUGAAGAUGUGGUUCUUCACGCUGACGCAAUCCAUCGUGGUGGUGGUCAAAUCAUUCCCACUGCUCGGCGUUGCUUCUAUGGUGCCUGUCUCACCGCCUCGCCAGCCAUCCUCGAGCCUGUUUAUGUUUGCGAAAUCCAGACACCGGAGGAUGCUUUGGGAGGCAUUUACAGCACACUUAACAAAAAACGUGGUAUUAUCUUCAGUGAAGAGAAUACUCCUGGUACUCCCAUUUACAUCGUAAAGGCAUUCUUGCCUGUAAAUGAGUCCUUCGGUUUUACGGCAGAGCUUCGUGCCGCAACUAGUGGCAAAGCUUUCCCCCAAUGUCAAUUUGACCAUUGGCAGUUGUACUCGGGUAACCCCCUCGAUCCCAACAGCAAACCUGGUGCUCUCGUUGCUAGUAUUAGAAAACGUAAGGGCAAGCCUGAAGCUAUCCCAAGUCUCGAUAACUUUAUUGACAAACUAUGA